UUCAAAAUCUAAUCUUCUUCCUCCUUUUCUUUCUCCAUUUCCAACCGAUCCAUUCAUACAGUUUAUGCCCAAAUCCGCCUUUUCAAAAUGUUGUGUUCUGUUUUUCCUCCUGAUAACUUCCUCUCCAGGCCAGGAGCCUCAUUAUAGAGAAAGAAACUCAGAAAUCCCUCAGCGGUCUGGAUCUAACGGCCGUGGAGCGCUGCGCGUCUCUUCCAAUGUUUACGGUAACCGGGAGCGUCUCUGCCUUAAAAGGGGCGUAAACUUCCGGCACGUGUCUUUCUGCACCUGGAAAAUCAGAAGCUUCAUCAAUGGCUUCAAACAAGAAGGAGUUGCGCUCUGAGACUGUGAGGAAUCUUCAUGCUGCAGCUGAACCCAAGCAGCUGUCUGGUCUUGUGAAAACUAUGGCUGAGAUGAGAAAACAGGGGGCGCUGUGUGACGUCACUCUAGUGGUUCAGGAGCGGCGAUUCGCUGCCCAUCGACUGGUCUUGGCAGCUGGCAGCGAGUUCUUUCGCCUCAUGUUCACAACAAACAUGAUGGAGUCCGUGUCUCCUGAGGUGGAGCUGAAGGGAGUGGACCCUGAAAUCAUCGAGCUGCUGAUCGACUACAUUUACACGGCAGAAAUCAAAAUUAACGUGAGAAACGUCCAGUCGUUGCUGCAUGUAGCCAGUCAGUACCAGAUCCAGCCUGUCCAAGCCAUGUGUGAGGAGUUCCUGAUGGAGAAGGUUAACGUCACAAACUGCAUGGGUAUAUGGGCCUUGGCGCAUGCAUUUUAUUGUGAGGGACUGAGGGCUAAAGCAGAAACCUUUCUCCUGAAGUACUUCACUGAAUCCAGCACCUUGGUCGACUUCCUGCAGCUCCCUGUCAACUGCCUCUCAAAGAUCCUCAGCAAUGACAAACUGUCCGUCCCGGAGGAGCAGAUCUAUGAGGCCGCCCUGCGUUGGUUGAAGCACGACUUGCCCAACAGACGACAGCAUCUGGCCGAGGUGUUGAGCUGCAUUCGCUUUCCUCUCAUGUCCACAGACUUUCUGUUUGAAACGGUGCCGAAGGAGCCGCUGAUUGGAGACAGCCCCUGGUGCCUCAGCAUGGUCAUCGGUGCCGUGAAUUCCCGCCUGAACUGGAGGGACCACAAGGACCCGGUGGAGACGUGUCGACCCAGGAUGAAAAAACGCAAACACAUUUCUCUGUUUGGAUACUUGAAGCCCGACCCCUGUCGCUUCUUCAACCCCAAGGACUCCAAGUGGACGGCCAUCCACUGCUCCUUGGAGAAGCGCUGGAACGCGGCGGCGGUGUACCUGGACGACGAGGUCUUCAUAUUGGGCGGCUCGACGUGCCAGGGUCUGGUGAGGCGCGUCGACUGCUACAACAUCGCGUUCCAGAGGAUGUACUCCAGGACGGAUCUGCCGAUGGCCCGAAACAAGCUGGCCGCCUGCGUCUCUCAGGGGAAGAUCUACAUCUCAGGGGGGAUGGUAGUGAAUCAAAUGCCCGUCAGCCUCUUUGAGUCCUUCGACAUAAAGACGAAUUCAUGGCAGGUGGAAACGGAGCUGCUGACGGCCCGCUGCUGCCACGGCUCGGUGGAGGUCAACGGGCUCAUCUACGUUUGCGGCGGAGGGCUGAUGAGGGACCGCUUUUGGAUCACCAACACCUGUCAGGUGUACGACCCCAGCAGCAGACAGUGGACGGAGGUCCGCCCCAUGAGCGUUCCCAGGAAGAACCACGGGCUGGUAGCGGUCGGCAACCACAUCUACGCCAUCGGAGGGAAGGAUCAUGAAGGCCCUCUGAAAUCGGUGGAAAAGUACGACGUCGUCAACGACUUCUGGCUUCCCUGCCAACCCAUGCCCUGUCCUCUGAUGGUGAAAUGUGCCGCCGUUGAUGACGUGAUCUACGUUCUGGCGGGAAAGGGGAAUGAGAAGCUCAGACGCGUCCUGAAGUACAACACCAGAACUGACAAGUGGACGGUUUGUCACACGGUCCCGUCGGUCCCGUUCCAAGGGUCCGUCAUCUGCACUGUGGAAUUUUAAUUUAUACUUAUUUACGUUUUAACUGUCCAGCAAUAUUUAUUCUGAGC